CUGGACGCUCAAGUGGGCUGGUCCCCAUAUUCUUCCAGCACCAAAAGCAUCUACAUGCACCACAUAUCUCCUCUGUGAUAUUUUUAAGCAUCGCACACCAUCGCUUUCCACGCAACGCUCAUCCGUAGUCAUCUCACGCGUAUAUGAAUUUACACCGUCCAGUGUCCAGUUGACCUACAUUCCAGCAAUCACCACCACCGUAUGGAAGUAUGGAGAAACGAAAGUCUGAUAGAAAAAAGCGAGAGUCUCCUACGGAAUCAGAGAAAUCCGAACAACCGAAAGAUUCGGUGGAGCAGGUGGUACAACAAGUAGAAGAACUGAACUGUUUCUUUGAUCUGAGAACGAAACGUGGCCAGAUAUUGUUCUUCACUGUUACCAUACUAGCGGCCACAUUGACGCAAUGUCUUCCAAAGGAUGCCCUUGCAAAUAUUCUUCAAACGAAGGAACAAAGCGGUAAUCGAAAUGUGGCUCAACCGAAUGUGGAAUGUAAACCAGAAGUUAAGAUUGUUGAAAAGGUAACACCAUCAGUAGCAGAGAAUCGUCCAAAAUAUUGGAUCUACGGGCGCAAUCCGAAUGGUGAUCACUUGAUACACGUGAAGAAUGUGCUACAGCGACUGGGGAUAGAACAAGUGGAUAAUGAUACGGCAGAUUGGGACCUGCUGUGGGCUCACGAUUACCCCUUCCGAAAGGUGAACCUGUAUCACUUGAAACCCCAUCAGUUGGUGAAUCAUUUCCCAGGAUCAGGAUACAUAACGAAUAAGGUGGAUUUAUCCACAACGGAGAUGAAGUAUAUUCCGAAGGCAUUCAAAUUGCCAAAUGAGGAAGAGAAGUUUAGGAAGUAUGCAGAGGAGAAUCCAAAUAAGCGCUUCGUUCAGAAGAAUAACCAACAUCGACAUAUCCAAAUCAGAAAGUUGGAAGAAAUCGACUUUGGGAGCAACGAUACGUUCAUCCAAGAGUUCAUCGAUCAUCCUCUCUUGGUAGAUGGUUACAAGUUCGAUAUCGGAGUUUAUACGGUUAUAACAUCGAUAGAUCCCCUGCGGGUGUACAUUUACAAAGGUGACAUUCUGUUCCGAUACUGUCCAGUCAAAUACUAUCCAUUUGACUCGAACAAUCUGGACAAAUACAUCGUCGGUGAUGAUUACUUACCAACAUGGGAAGUUCCUGCACUGAAGCCGUACUACACUAAGCAAGGGUUUGGAAUGAAAGAAUCAUUCGAUGCGUACGUUCGAAGUACCGGGCGUGACCCAACAAUCAUCUGGGAACAGGUUGAAGAUGCCAUUCGUUUGGCAAUCCUCAAGAAAGAAUCUCUACUGGUGGGAAUUCUUCCGCGAUACGCCAGCAAACGUAACUUCUUCGAAAUGAUGCGUUUCGACCUUGUAGUAGACGACAAGCUUCGUGUAUUCCUCAUGGAAGCCAACAUGAGUCCGAAUCUCUCUUCCUCUCACUUCAAACCGAAUCGUUUGCUGUACGAACAGGUGAUCUACAACUUCCUACGAAUGGUCGGUGUGGGAUCGGAUCUACGGAGAGAUUCCUUCCGAAAACGAUCCACCGAUGCGGAAGCAAUGAUCUCUUCCCUCAAGAACAUCGUUGUGGAGGCGAAUCGAUGUGCAGACGGCCCUUGUUCGGAGUCAUGCGCCCCCAAGGAAUGUGCUUUGUGCAUUAGCUGCCUCAGUGGCGGAGAUUUGAGAGAACUGUACGCAGCUUAUCGGGAACACUUGAACCGUGGUGAUAUGAAGCGAAUUUUCCCAGUGCCAAAGGCUGAUCGCCAAAUAUUUGAGGAGCACGCAGCAGAUCUGAGUACAAAAAACCGCUGGAUGAGUCACUGGUUUGAUGCGAAAUGCGAGGUGGACACAUCGUACUGUUAUUAGAACAAGCAUUCCAGAAGAAGAAGAAAGUUUUAACACGAAUGUACUUAACUUAGAAUCAUAGGUUUUAACUUAGUUGUAGGCAUCGGGAACCUGUUAAACUUUAGCAAUAAAUAAACAUCAACAUAUCAAAU